CACAUGGCUUUAAAAGCUGAGCAGGUCACUACCAGGGGAGCCAGCAACCAGACUGCCACAGGGAGGGGAAUCUGAGUGGUACCCACCUCUGCCGAAGACAGAGCAGUCCGACUGAAUGGUGGACACCGGGAAGUAGUUUUUGCUCUGAAAUCUGGAUUGAUCAUGUCUCCUCCAGUCCCUUCAGACCUGGGCUACGUACCCCCCGACGGUGGAUGGGGCUGGGCAGUGGUGUUCGGAGCCUCCAUCUCAGUUGGGUUUGCAUAUACCUUUCCUAAAGCUUUCACAAUCUACUUUAAAGAGCUCCAGGCUGUUUACAACAUCUCCUACAGCCAGAUUGCCUGGAUAACAUCCAUCAUGUGUGCUACCACCUACGGAGGAGGUCCCAUUAGCAGUAUCUUAGUAAACCGCUAUGGCAGCCGACCCGUGGUUAUGUUUGGAGGCCUGCUGUGUGGCAUCGGGAUGGUCUCAGCCGCCUUCUGCACCAGCAUCCUGCAGCUCUACAUCUGCGUGGGCUUCAUUACAGGAUUCGGCCUUGCUCUCAACCUCCAGCCGUCAGUGAUAAUCAUAGGGAAAUACUUCUUGAAGAGAAGACCCAUCGCGAAUGGCCUUGCUAUGGCGGGGAGCCCUGUGAUGCUUUGCACCCUGGCUCCUCUCAACCAGUUCCUUUUUGACAAUUUUGGCUGGAGGGGGAGCUUUUUAAUUCUUGGUGCAAUUUUAUUAAACUGCUGUGUGGCAGGAGCUCUCUUCAGACCCAUUGGGGCAGCCACGGCAUCAGGCAAAACCCAGGCAACUGAGGAAGGGAAGGCUGCUCUGAAAGAAGAGGUCACUAAGGAUGCCAUGGAAAUGAGUAGUGCCACGAACGUCCCCACCGAGACCAAAACGGAAGAGGAAGAAGGAAGGGACUGUUGCGAAAAAAUCAAUCAGUACCUCGAUUUUUCCCUCUUUAAGCACAGAGGGUUCUUGAUUUACCUCAUAGGAAAUGUGCUCAUGUUCCUGGGAUUCUUUGCCCCCAUUGUUUUUCUGGCACCCUAUGCAAAGCACAUUGGCAUUGAUGAAUAUUCAGCUGCUUUCCUCCUUUCAAUCCUUGCUAUCGUGGAUAUGAUUGCCCGACCUACCACCGGCAUCAUUGCAAACAGCAAGUGGGUGAGGCCGCGGAUUCAAUACUUUUUCAGCUUCUCCAUCGCUUUUAAUGGCACCUGCCACCUUCUGUGCCCGCUGGCUUCCGGCUACACGGGGCUCGUCGUCUACUCCAUCUUUUUCGGCUUGGCCUUCGGCAUGGUUUGUGCCAUGCUCUUUGAAACGCUCAUGGACCUUGUGGGAGCUGCCCGGUUCACAAGUGCCGUUGGCCUGGUCACCAUUGCAGAGUGCUGCACGAUAUUGCUGGGACCACCUAUUGGAGGAACUCUUAUCGAUACUUUUGGGGACUAUAAAUAUAUGUUCAUUAAAUGUGGAGCUGUGAUGGUGCUGGCAGGAACCUUCCUGUUCAUCAUGAAUUAUUAUAAUUAUCGUAUGCUUGCCAAGGAGGAGAAAGAAAGAAAAGCAAAAGAAGAGGAUCCUAAAUCUGUAAGGACAGAAAAUGAAGUCAGAAAUAACUGGAAUAAAGAAACCACACAGGAUGGGCCUGAGCUGGAACCUUUGAGAGAGGACCAAGAAGGACUAAAGAAGGAAGCGAAUGGCACAAAUGAAGUUUAAACCUGUUCCUGUGGGCUGAAUGGAAAAUUACUUCUGAGUUGCUUAAGUGGACACCAUCUGUGAAAUCACACUAGGUUUUCAAAUUUUGCUCCAUGCUCUGCCAUGUGCCUUCUCUUCUUUGUUGUAGGAGAAGACUAGAACAGAAACAAGUCUAGUUUCUUAUAAAGUGCUGGGACACAGUGCAGUAUCCAUUUGCAUACCAAAGGUCCUGCAACGUUUUUCUUUAGAUACUUCCCGUUUCCCAGAGGGGCUGAGUAAGGGUGUAACUAUCACCCCACUUUUAUUCCCUGUACUGCAGCUCUACUCAGUGAACAGGCCAGUGGCCAUCAGAGUCAAUGCAGAGCCCUCCCAGCAGCCUGGACGGGCUUUGCACUGAGUGCUGCGGUGGCUGGAUCUUCUCCCCAUGCAGUCAAAACUCUGUGACUCUCGUUGACUGCGGUGUCAGAAUUACCCCAGGGAUCUGGUGCUGCCUUCCACUGACAGCUGCACUGUGACCUGCACCUCUGUCUCAUGGAAAUGUGAAACAGACCUUACACUCAUCUUAAAUGCAAUGUGAGAGAGAUUCUUGAACAGAACAAGAGCAGUACUGUGCGUGAAGUGGCAGCAAGGCAGCCUGGCUUUGUGUCUGGAGCAUGCUAUGAAGGAACUAACUUGGGGUGGCUCGUAUGGCUUGACCAGGGACUUUCUCAGGGACCUCUGCAUUUAGCAAAAUGCCUUGAGAAAGGGGACGUUAUGCAGGGGGCCAGCACAAGGCUGACACGCUGCAGGAGUCCUUCUUCCAGGUCCUUUGUCUGUGUGGGGCAGAAAUUUAGUCUUAAAGGGCUUAAACUUUGAUCUACAUAGGAAACAGUGCAAAUUCUUUAAAAUUUUCCCUAGGAUGUUACACAGUCCUUAUUAUCCAAUAUCUGAGUGCCUUCCUGUUUUUAGCAUGCUUUUUCUUUACAACACCCUGGUGAGGCAGUAAGCGUUGAUACUAUUAAUUAAUGGUACAAAUGAAGACCAGAAGCACAGAGGAGCUGUGGGCAUCAUUGCAUCAGUGAAGAAAGCUUAGGCAUGCCAGGCCUGAAACGGGAUCCACGGCCCUGAGCUGGGCCACCUUGGCCACCUAUGUGAAGGACAACGUGGGCAGCUGAGGAGAGGAUCCGGAAGGCUGCCCGCUGAGCACAGGUAUCCCCCUGCUAGAAAGUGGGAAAUGCCAUGGAUAGUCAUGCGUUAAACCACAGCCCUCUCUGCAGAGCAGCCUGCUCGCUUUGUGCUUCGGACUACUCAGGAUUAAUGAUUUUAGACACUGUCUAAGAGCUGCGACCUUGUGCCAUAUUUUUUUAACCUGGUUAAGUUGGAUCCAUCCUGGAGGGAAUCCAAACACGUCUGUUCCUGCCUUGUUGGGGUCGGGAUAGGCACCUCCUUGUUGUUAGCAUUGCGAUACCCGGUGGCCUCUUGCCAUCCUGUUGCAUGAAAUAAAGUUUCCCAGGUUGGUGGUGCAGAGCUGGAGCUGAGGCCACGCAGGAGCCUCUUGUCCAGUGGUGGUAAUUUUGAGCUGGGAAGGUCUGGACUCUGACAGCAAGCACUGAUAUAUUUUAUAAUAAGCAGCUGUUGCCUAAGAGCAAGGAUGCUGAGCAUGGCAUCAUGGAGUUGAAUCGUCAGCCUUUUGUGGAUUUAGCUCCAAGUGACUGGAUUUAAAAAAAAAAAAAAAAAAAAAAAAAAGGGCUUUUGAGGCAGAUCACCCAAAUCCAAAGCUAACACCAGUCCAUAGGCUAGGUCUCCUCUUUCUUUGCUUCAGUGGCACCCUUAUGUGAUCAGAUAAAGUUUUUUUUCAUGACUUUGUCACUGAAGAACUGUAUUUAAUUAUCACUUGUAUACAUACUGUGAAGAAUGGCUUGUAAAAAUACUUCCAUAAAUACGCUAUACUCUUAAAUUUAAAUCACUCGUAUCUUUUGUACAAAAUGUUUUCUGUGAAAUCUUUUGUUCCACUAGAGAAUACUGAUCUUUGGGCAUUGACUUCAAUAGGACUUAAAUCUUAUCCUUAUGUAGUACCUUGCAUUUUCUCUGAAAAACAAAAUCUAUACAAUAUACUUAGGCUUUUGUUGCUGUAUUUUUAAUAUUCUUUAUUUCAGUCAAAUAUAUCUAUGGUAUUUCUGUAAAAAAGGCACUGAUAGAAGGUCCUGAACAUUUUCCAAUAUGCCUUCUGGAAGCUUUAAAAUACUUAA